AUGAAAAGUUUGUUGGCAUUUGCCACGUUGUUGGUUACUGUAGGUGCGCAAGGUUUGACUGAUAAUUGUAAUCGUUUGCAAUUCACACAAUGUAACAAUUAUUUGGGACAAUUUUGGAGACAAGAGUAAGUUUAUAUCAAUUUUUAGCUGAAAAUAUUUUUCAUUUUUUUGCAAAUUUUUCAAAAAGUUUCAAUCUGAAAAAAAUAUGUCACGAAGAACGUCUGGUAUAAAGUUCAAAAACCUUAAUAAUUACAGCACCUCAAAUGCUUGGAGACAAUUGACAGAUUUGGAUCGAAUUACCCAAUCUCUUUUCACUGCUCCAUAUUCAGUUGAUAACUUUGUUGCAGCUUGCAAGUAAGUUUAUCUAAACUAGAAAAUCUUUUCAAUUUUCAUUUAUAAACAUUUCUAUUUCAGUGGUUAUUCGAGUUUCUAUGGUUGUUUGGGUCAACAACAAAUUCGUGAUUGUUUGGGAACCGUCGGAUUUGUUGGAUCAGGACUUUCACUUAAUGAUGUAUGAAUUUUUCCAAAAGAAUUCCUUAAAUAUCCAGAAAUUUCAGGCUUACGCCUACCAAGGAUUCUUGGCUGAUUGGGGUUUCAAAUGUGGAGCUGGUUUCUGGACUGUUUAUGAGCGUAAAACAUUGGCUGCCUGUGCUGCAAAUACUUAUGUCAACUAUCAAUCUGAUACUUCAGCAGCUCUUGGAACUUAUAUCACAAGUACUCAACAAGAUCCAACAAAUGCUUGCAAUUAUGCUCAAACAUUCAUGAAUUCUUGGCAAAAGAUUUAUCAAAAUGGACCAUGUAGAACUGUGAACCCGGUUCGUUUUUUUUGGAUUACUGUAGAGAUGUAGGCGUACUGAAAAUCUAUGAGAAAUUUUGAUCUACAAGUACGCAACAACAACAACCUAGAUUUUUUUGCUACACAAUUUUUGUAAAUAAAAACUUUCUCAAUUCUUUUUUAGGGGUUCAUUUUGGGAACAAAACACAUUCGCAUUUUUCUCAAUUGAAUUUCAAAUUCAAAGUUAUUUUUUGCAGACUCAAGCUGCUUGGUAUGGUUGUCAAUCAGCUCGCGAAUGGUCAAAUGCUCAAUUCAGACACUGUCGCCACGUCACAACUUGUGCUUGUCAGUGAAGUUUUUUUUCUUACUUUGAUGUGCGAGCGCCUCUGAAAAUCACUUUUUCCAGCCCCAUCCACAAUUGAAACCCGAACCAAUGCCGAAACCGGAAAAUUGGAAUAUUUAACCUUGCCAACCCACAAAAUCGUCGAUAAUCAUGCUGAAAUUCUCGAAGAAGCCAAAUGGGUUUCAGAACAAUAA